AUGGAGAGCAAUCAGACACGGAUCACAGAAGUCAUCCUACUGGGAUUCCAGGUUGACCCAGCCCUGGAGUUGUUCCUCUUUGGGCUCUUCUUGCUGUUCUACAGCCUUGCCCUGAUGGGAAAUGGGAUGAUCCUGGGGCUCAUCUGCUUGGAUGCUAGACUGCACACCCCCAUGUACUUCUUCCUCUCCCACCUGGCCAUCGUUGACAUGUCCUAUGCCUCAAGCACAGUCCCGAAGAUGCUGGCAAAUCUCGUGAUGCACAGAAACGUCAUCUCCUUUGCUCCAUGCAUACUUCAGACAUUUUUGUACCUGGCUUUUGCUGUCACAGAGUGUAUGAUUUUGGUGGUGAUGUCUUAUGACCGGUAUGUGGCCAUCUGUCAUCCUUUGCAAUACACCCUCAUCAUGAGCUGGAGAGUGUGCAUGGUCCUGGCUGCGAUCUGCUGGAUAUUUAGCUUUCUCUUGGCUCUGGUCCAUGCUACUCUUUAUGUCUCUAAACUGUACUUUCAAAGUAUUAAACAUUUUUCUGAAUGUAUUGAAAUAUGA